GGAGCGGAUGCCGCGCCGUGCGUCUCGUCUAGUCUGUUUUCAGGGAAACUGAGGGAAACGUAAACAAACGUAGGAGGAGAGGAGAGGAGAGUUUACGAGAGCUUGUAAACACGAGUGGAUAAAUUAUCCCUGUUGCCAGGUGCGAUAAAGAGAGUCCGAGAUCCCCGGGACAAAAGUAGCCUCAAAAAUGGCGUUACGCACCUACGGAGACAAGCCCAUAAGUUUCCAAGUGGAGGAAAAUGGGGAGUACUACUGCAUCGGGUCGGAGGUCGGCAAUUACCUGCGCCUCUUUCGCGGGUCUCUGUACAAGAGAUACCCCGGCAUGUUCAGGAGAUCCAUAACCAACGACGAACGCAAGAAAUUAGUGGAGCUCGGGCUGAGUCAGCACGUUCUCGCGUCUAGUGUUUCGCUGUUGAGAGCCAGCGAGGUGGAGGAUAUUAUCGAGGGCAAUGACGACAAGUACAAAGCUGUGUCUGUGCACUCGACCGAACCACCGGCGCCUAGAGAGGGUAAAUCCAAGAAGUCGAUGGCGUGGGUGCCCAGUCUACCAAACAGUUCGCAUCUGGAUGCGGUUCCUCAAGCUACGCCAAUAAAUCGCAACAGAGUACACAAUAAAAAAGUUAGGACAUUUCCAUUAUGUUUCGACGAUACAGAUCCAUCAGCAAACUUGGAGAAUGCGGCGCAACAGGAAAUGCUGGUCCCAAUACGUUUAGAUAUGGAAAUCGAAGGCCAGAAAUUAAGGGACACUUUUACUUGGAAUAAAAAUGAAAGUCUCAUAACACCCGAACAAUUUGCCGAGGUGCUCUGCGACGAUUUAGACUUAAAUCCAUUAACCUUUGUUCCUGCAAUCGCGCAGGCGAUAAGGCAGCAAAUAGAAGCGUUCCCUCAGGAAACAAUUCUGGAAGACCAAUGCGAUCAGAGAGUUAUAAUUAAAUUAAAUAUACACGUGGGCAAUACCUCUCUAGUAGAUCAGGUAGAAUGGGAUAUGUCUGAAAAGGAGAAUAAUCCAGAGAAGUUUGCGAUGAAGCUUUGCGCGGAGCUUGGCCUUGGUGGAGAAUUUGUCACCGCUAUCGCUUACAGUGUACGCGGGCAAUUGUCGUGGCAUCAAAGAACGUACGCAUUUUCUGAAGCACCUCUACCAACCGUAGAAGUUCCCUUUAGACCUCCGUCAGAGGCCGAUCAGUGGGCACCGUUCUUAGAAACCUUGACAGACGCAGAGAUGGAAAAGAAGAUACGCGAUCAAGAUCGAAAUACUCGACGUAUGCGACGUUUAGCAAACACGACGCCUGGCUGGUAGAAAAAGUACAUCUUGAAAGAAAACUCCAUACCAUCUACACAUUUCAACCAGUACCAUCCUAAUUUUUAGUAUGCCCUGAUAUUUGUAAGAUUUAUAAGUAACGAUAUAAUUUUUAUUAAGAUACCAUCGUAGAGUACGAAAUAUGCGGAAGUAACUAUUUGUAAAAAUAACGGAUACAUGGUUGCAUUUAUUAAAAAAAAAAAAAAAGAAUGUAACUCUACAUAAUCAGUCAUCAUUGUUUAUGAAAUGUUCUUAUAUACAAGAUAUUCCAGAUCUAAAGAGUCAUUUUUCAAUUUAGAGUCUACUUUUUCUUUCCAUUUUUAUAAAUUUAAAAAACCUUUCUAAUUUAAUUUAUUAUACGUGACAGUCAAUUUGUAUCAUUGAGUGAUGAAUAACUGGUGUCUUUUUAUAUCGUACGAUGCACGGUCCGGUCUACAACGCAGUUAUUGAUACGUACAUAUCGCGUAACACUUCAAUCGGGGUUUGAUAACAGCUGACUGUGGAACGCAAUCUUAUGUAAUAGUAAAAAAAAUACAAUUCGUUUCAUAUGUGAAAAUUAUAUAUUAUAUGAAAUAUA